CCUGUAUUUCAUUGAAUUUCUUCUUCUUCCACAAUUUUAUGCAGAUCUUAACUAGUUUACAUUCAAAUAGGGAUGUGCCAUUUUGAUUUGCCUUUUGGAAGCUUUUUGAGCCCCUGCAUAUGUGAAUAUGACUUGGGUAUUAUCAGACAAAUGGGGGCAUAUGUUCAUCAAGCCAGCAAAUUGAAAUGGGGAUGGAGAAUCAAGAGUGGCUGCAAACUCUUUUUCUUCGCUCAAAUCUCUAUAGAAUUUUUUGAUGAACUCUUCAGCUUCCACAUCAACCUCAUGAUGAUCAUCCGAAUUCUCCGGCGAAUCCAUCAAGAAGGGCGAAUCCGUCACCCGCAGCUGCCUCACCGGUGCAGCCACCAACGGCGACGCGACGGGCCCGCCAUUGUUCAUUAUCUCCAAAGCCCUCCGCAAAACAUUUCUAGUAUUAUAGUCCUCCACCUCGUCCUCGUGGGCCCUACCCACGAGACUGUAGUGCCCGCGGUGGUGGCCCAUGAGUUUGUUGAACAUGGACCCACGCGGGGUGUUGCUGCAGCUGAACUCGUAGUACUGCGGUCGGACGACUUGGACUGAGUCGUCUGACCUGCAGCCUCUUAAUGGUUCAGAUGUCUGAAUGGUUCAGCACUUAAUGGUUCAGACUGUUUGUUUCAGCCUCUUAAUGGUUCAGAUGUCUGAAUGGUUAAGAGAUUUGCCUCUGAAUGGUUAAGUAUUAUACAGAGUCUGAAUGAUUAAGACCUCUUAUCUGAAUUGAUCAGACAUUUGCCUCUGAAUAGUUAAGCAAUAUACUAGCUCUUAAUGG